AUUUCAUCUAUAGAACAACAUGCUAUACGUGCAUUCUCCUAUGCUUUGGACGCAAUUCCCAUGGCAUUAGCUGAAAAUUCUGGGCUUUCCCCAAUAGAAACUUUGGCUGAUAUCAAAUCACGUCAAGUGACCGAGAACAAUAGUCGCCUUGGUAUUGAUUGCACGAUGAAGGGGUCUAAUGAUAUGAAAGAACAAUUUGUUUAUGACCCUCUUAUUUCCAAAAGACAACAAUAUUUAUUGGCAACUCAACUUGUAAAGAUGAUUCUCAAGAUUGAUGAUGUUAUCAUUGCGGGUACUAGCGAAUAA